AUGAAUCAUCCUUCGUUUGUUUCUCGUCUCCUGAUGUGUUGCACCGGAAUGGCGCUGAUCAUCAGCCACGUGGGUGUUGUUCAUGCUUUUGCUACCGUUCCAUCAACAUCUUCUUUGCAUCCUGGAGCCACCAUUCUCUUGCCUCCAUCGUUGAAGACAACACGCCAGGACAACUAUCGCCGUUCGUCCCCUCUUGACUCCACUUUGGGCUCCAAAAGCGUCACUGCCACCGGUUCCAUCAGGAAGAAGAAUGCACUGGUCUUCAAGCUCGGAGCUCUCAGCCGUGUCAUGGGGCAGAUCCUGGCGCUUUCGGUUCAACCCAACAUGUGGAAGGUCCAUGUUCGGAAAAGUUUCAAGUGGGCCCUCUUGGCAGCUACAGCUACCAUCAUGGCAUCUCUCCAACGGGCAAGUACCACGAACGCGGCCAGCAGCUUGAUGGCAAGGACCAUCCAAGCUGCUCUCGGGGCAAGCUUGCUACGUUGUUACUUGCUUCCUCUUGUCUACGGACUUGUCAUGGUCUCAGCCUGGCCUUAUCUGUGUCAUGGUGGCAACCUGCGCCGUAUGCUUCAUGAAAUGUACAUCUUGAUUCCCUGGUGGUUCAGUAACAAGCUCUUGACCGAUGAGCACGAGACUUGGAUUCCUCACUUUUUGUCACAGCUGGGUGCCGAGGAGGACACGGUCGACUUGGCCCACAAGUUUUGCAGGAGCCGUCAGUCGUCAAUGGACGUGACGGACCCAUAUGCUCUGGCACAUUCGAGCGGCACACUGGCACUCUAUCGACAUUCCUUUGGCGCCGAGGCGACGAACAGCCCGGACUGGCCUCAUGUCGUCAUGAACUGUUGUUACGGUCGUGUAUUGGAUGACUAUCAAGAUUUGGAGGAAGAUGCCAGCGAUGGGAAUGAACAUCGCAACUUUUUUCUUGCCCUACAGAAGAAACAGCAGCAACAACUUGAAAAUAAUGAUAUUCAAGCCAUGGUGGUGCAGGCCAUGCGAGGUAUGCAAUGGCACGAAGAACAAAUCGAUGAUCCGCAACUGCGACAAUACGCACACGGGGCUACGCAAGCUUUACGAGCUUGCAUGUUGUUCAAAAACAAAUCUUUUAAAACAGAAUGGAACAAGGCCCGAGCAGAGAUGCAGUCAUCUUCUCACACUUCUUUGCCUGACUUUCGGUGGCCCUUUGCAAGCUUGGUGGGUUCUGCCUAA